CCGCCUUUGAAACGUGCCCGGAAGUGACGUCUGUAAUGCUGAGACAGAUUCAGGGAAGAUUUGAGCAAAUCGCACUGUGAGCUGGACAGGGGUCGUGCCGCUGCUAUGAGCUGCACCAUCGAAAAGAUCCUGACAGACGCCAAGACGCUGCUAGAGAGGCUGCGGGAGCACGAUGCGGCCGCCGAGUCGCUGGUGGAUCAGUCGGCGGCCCUGCACCGGCGGGUGGCGGCUAUGCGGGAGGCGGGGACGGCACUUCCGGACCAGUAUCAAGAGGACGCAUCCGAUAUGAAGGACAUGUCCAAAUACAAACCUCACAUUCUGCUGUCCCAAGAGAACACACAGAUUAGAGACUUGCAGCAGGAAAACAGAGAACUAUGGGUUUCCUUGGAGGAACACCAGGAUGCUUUGGAACUCAUCAUGAGCAAGUAUCGGAAACAGAUGUUGCAAUUAAUGGUUGCUAAAAAAGCAGUGGAUGCUGAACCAGUCCUGAAAGCUCACCAGUCUCACUCUGCAGAAAUUGAGAGUCAGAUUGACAGAAUCUGUGAAAUGGGAGAAGUGAUGAGGAAAGCAGUUCAGGUGGAUGAUGACCAAUUUUGUAAGAUUCAGGAAAAACUAGCCCAAUUAGAGCUUGAAAAUAAGGAACUUCGAGAAUUAUUAUCCAUCAGCAGUGAGUCUCUUCAGGUCAGAAAGGAAAACUCAAUGGACACUGCUUCCCAAGCCAUCAAAUAACUGAACUCUGAUGGCUAGAGAUUAUCUAUCAAGGAAGGAAGUUAUUAUCUUCCCAUUCAAGUAUUGUCCAUUCAGUGUCUUGCCUCAAACUGGAUUUAGUAUUGAUUAAAGGUAUCAGUUGGCAAUUUAAAAUUUCCUUUCAAUAUUGGCUGUCCACAAAAGAGUUUUCAGGUGUAUUAGUACAAAUACACACUGAGUUUCACCAUUCCUUUCUCCAAAAGAUCACUUUUAAUUUCCAUUUCUAGGACCUUGGUUUAUGUAAACUGUGUUUUCAGCUCAUUUUUGUUUUUUACAUCUCUAAAACUGUGAGCAUUUUAUUAUAAACCAGCAAUUUUAUUUAUAUAGCAUUGUAAAAUAAACUUCUAAGAGUUUUUAAAAGAGAUUUAACUUUUUAAAUCUAUUUGGCAUAAACUUGGAUUUUUUUCCAUUUGACAAAAGUAAUACAAUUCCACAGAACUAGACUGGCAUAUUGUCUGAUUUGUAAUGUCAUUUCGCCUGUGAAGUUUUAAAUCUCUCUGGUGCUAAGAGUUGGCACUUUGUGACCUAGUGUCUUCACUCUUGAGAGAACCUACUGCUAGUCCCCAGGAAACAUACUUGAAAUAAGUCAGCUAUUUUUUUCUCAGUGAUAGUAUCAUCAUCAUGUUCAAAGUUCAUAUUGUUCAAAGCUGAGGAACUUGUCCUGUGUAUGUGCACGCACACGUGCACUUAGUUUAAAUGCUAAAAGUAGCUUUUAUUUAUUAAAUGUAAGUAGUCAAAAACAAAAAACACAUAUAAGUAGUCAGUUUUUCAGUUGUGUCCUAUUAGGAAAUCUUCCAUUUAUGUAGUUUACCCAGUGUGAAAGAGGAUAUCAUAAAUUUAUUAACAUCCUAGUUCUUGGGUACUACAUUCUCCUAUUUAAUUUAUAUAUAACUUACAUCUUAUAGUUAAGAACCAUCAUUUAUUUGGAUGUCUUUCAUUACUAGCACUAGUAGUUGGCUUUUUUUUUUUUAAGAUCCAUUUUCUACACAGAAGUAGUUUUAUUACCUAAUGAGAGUUAUUACAUUGAUAAUGCUGAAUAGACAGCAACAAAGCAAUAUUGUGAUUCCAGUGCUGGGUGGUCAGUUAGGUUCACUCAUUAACUCAUUCCCCUGUCUGUUUAUUCAAAUCUCAAAUUUAUAUAUUCCAUGUUAUACUAUCAUCUAUUAAGAUUUGCCCAAAAAUAAUUGAAAUAAUGAAUGCUAAGCCUGUCAAUAUUUUUCAGUAACAUUAAGUAUCAUACUGCAUGGGAGAUACCCAGUAUCAAAGAGUUUUUUAGUGCUUUAUGUGAUAUAAAUUUCUUUCUUACAGCUAUAAAGAACUAAGUCCAGUUAAAACAACAAAAUGCCUCUAAGAUCUGCCCCUAAGCAUCUGAUUCCAGUAAUACCAAUAGACUUUGCCUAUAGUAAGGGCAUUAAUGAAUAGGUAUAUGUCAUUAUAGAAUUUGUCAAAUUUCUGUUGAUGUCCUGCAUAGAAUUUUACUGAAACACACUUCACCCCAAAGUGUGAGCAUUUAAAAUUUUAUUUCCCAGAAGUAAGUAAACUAUUAGCCCAUCUAUUUGCCUUGAAAUAUGCCCUAAGUCACCCCACAAGUCCAUUCAGGAGGCAGGUACCCUAUACCAUUUGUCAGCCAUGGCCAAACGUGCCAUGGUAAGAUGUCAGUAAAAAUGAUAAAAGUAAUCAAAUGGCCCAUUAAGGCAUGAUAUGGUGUCCCUUUCUCUGCCUUGUGUUCUUUUAGAGCUAUUUAUAAAGUUCUUUACAUCUCAGGUAUCAGGAUAAAUCUGCAAUGUUAACAUUUCCCCCUAGGAAAUCAAAAGCUUGAAGUGUGAGUCUAAAGAGCUUUCAGUGCUCUAUAUAAUAUAAAUUCUGGCUGGUAUUAAUGCUAUGAAGAUAAUGUGUAGUUAAAAAAUUGAGUGGGCAAGGAAUGCUGUUCAGUAUGAGUGGAUAUUAAAGUUUCUUUUGCAGUGGA